GCAGAAACGGUGGGCGUGAGCGCGGCCGGGCGUUCGGUUGCUGAGCAGCGCACGCAGAUUGGCGGUUGGGUGGUGGUGGAGGAGGAGAAGGAGGGGCGCGUGCCGGGGAGCGCGAGGGCGACGACGCUGCUGCGCCGGCUGGCUCUGCUCCUGAGGUGGCGACGAGAGGAGGACGCUUCCUUGGCGAGGGAUGUGAGGAGCGCGGCUUCGCCUUCGUUCGGGAUGUCGUGACCCCCCGGGCCGAUGGGGCUGCUCCGGAUUAUGCUGCCGCCCAAGUUGCAGCUCUUGGCGGUGCUAGCCUUCGGGGUCUCCGUGCUCUUCCUGGAGAACCAGAUCCAGAAGCUGGAGGAGUCCCGCGGGAAGCUCGAGAGAGCUAUUGCAAAACAUGAAGUCCGAGAAAUUGAGCAACGUCAUACAGUAGAUAGCUCUCGAUCAGAUGUAGUUCCAGAUGAAGAUGAAAAUGUGGUGAUAAUUUAUAAUCGAGUACCUAAAACUGCAAGCACCUCUUUUACAAACAUUGCUUAUGACCUUUGUGCACGGAACAAAUACCAUGUUCUUCAUAUCAACACAACCAAAAAUAAUCCUGUUAUGUCUUUGCAAGAUCAGGUACGAUUUGUGAAGAACGUAACUUCCUGGAAAGAGAUGAAACCAGGGUUCUAUCAUGGACAUAUAUCUUUCCUGGAUUUUGCAAAAUUUGGUGUUAAAAAGAAACCAGUAUACAUCAAUGUCAUAAGAGAUCCUAUAGAACGGCUGGUUUCUUAUUACUACUUCCUGCGCUUUGGUGAUGAUUACAGGCCUGGACUCCGAAGACGAAAGCAAGGGGAUAAAAAAGUAAAAACCUUUGAUGAAUGUGUAGCAGCUGGAGGCUCCGAUUGUGCCCCUGAGAAACUCUGGCUUCAAAUUCCAUUCUUCUGUGGCCACAGCUCUGAAUGUUGGAAUGUGGGAAGCAGAUGGGCUUUGGAACAAGCCAAAUACAACUUGAUUAAUGAAUAUUUCCUAGUGGGAGUUACUGAAGAGCUUGAAGACUUUAUUAUGUUGCUGGAGGCAGCUUUGCCCCGCUUUUUCAGGGGUGCUACAGAAUUAUAUCGCACAGGCAAGAAGUCUCAUCUUAGAAAGACAACAGAGAAAAAACUCCCCACAAAAGAAACCAUUGCCAAGCUGCAGCAGUCUGAAAUAUGGAAAAUGGAGAAUGAGUUCUAUGAAUUUGCACUGGAACAAUUUCAGUUUGUCAGAGCGCAUGCAGUUCGGGAAAAAGACGGGGAACUAUAUAUCCUGGCACAAAACUUUUUCUAUGAAAAGAUCUAUCCUAAAUCGAACUAAGAACAAUGCUUCUCUUUAGGUUAAGGGACUAAACCUUGUGGCCACAUCCUUAUUCUCAGCCCCAACUCCUAAAUCAGCUGAGGCACUUCAUUCUUGAGGUCGAUAGAAUGAAUGUACUGUGGAUUGCUCAAAGAAGAUGGCUACUGUUUAGAUAAUGGUGAUAAUUCAAAAUUAUAGGCUUCAGUUUUAAUAUUCACACAGGAAGUUGCUACUCUACACUUGAAGAACCCACCCAUAAUUACAGAAACUAUAUAGCAAUUAUAGCUGAAACUGUAAAGAUGAAAACCUUCCUUUAUGUGCUUUUUGAUUCACAAGACGACUUAUUUUACUUAACCUUUUGGGAAGAGGACGCUUUUGGUUCCCUAGCCUCAGAGCGGAGAUUUGGGUUGUACACACAUAUGAAUAAUGUUAAUAACUGGCUGAAAUUUGUGCUUUGUUCUUGUAAAUUCAUAUCACAUAACAUUCACUGGAAUGUUCAAUCAUGUUCUGCUAAGAAAUGCUGCAGCUGGUCUUGCCCAUAUUUGUAAACAUGGGCUUUCAUUUUGAGAAUCCAGAACUGAUGAUCAGUGUGUUUAAAAAUUCAGAUCCCAUAGUGAUGUUGUCAAAAGGCCAGAAAUGAAGACAGUUUUUCAUUAAUCCCUCUGAACUUCUAACCGAUGUUGGGAAAGCUCUCUUUAAGAAGCUGGCUUUUGCCUGCACAUCAAUAUAAAACAAAUAGUGAAAUCUGUCUCAUUGUUCCAUUGAUUCUUUGUAUUUUAAAUAACUACUGGUGAAUCCAUAUUAUGACUCAAAUAGUGAGCUGUGGUAUGGUUAGGGUUUUCCUACUUAGAUACUUUUACCUGUAGAAUAUUUUUACUAAGGUGCUUUAUAAUGUGUUUUAAAGCAUUGCAUUUGCAAAAAGAGUGAAAUGCUGUAAAUAAUGCACAUUUUAUGUAUUCGGACCGAAAGGUUACAAGUAAUAGUUUCAAGUGUUUUGCACCCGUUUUGUUGUAUGUGCAGUAAAAUCAACCCAUCUGCUGUUAAAAUUCCAGUUUUGAGUUAACCCUUCAACAUUGCUGAAAUGCACUUCACUGACCUCAACAACGUUUAAAUGCACAGGAGCCCCUUUUUCAGAAAACUACAUAAUCUGCAUCCUUUUUUCAUGCUUUAUAAAGGAAAAGGAAAACGGAAGCAUGCGGCCUAGUCAAGAGAGAUACAAAGAAAUUAACGUCAGUGUGUUCAUGGAACUGCCUUAUGUUAACUUCCGUAAACUUGCAUUUGCCAGGAUUAGCACCUUAUAGUACAUACUCAAGGUUGUUUGGCACUUGGUUGGAUACUGGGAUGCAACAAAAUAUGUGAAAAUUACUUAAAAUGCUCUAUCUGUACAUUUCUGCCAUAUUUUAAAAUGUGUAUUAAAGUUUGAAGGGUUUUUUUCCAGUUUCAUUAAGUUCAGCCUUUGAACUUCACAUUUUAUAGAGACUAGAGAGGCAGUGUAGAUGUAUUGAUAAGGAAACCUUACCCAAAUCAUUUAUCUGCUAUACCAUCACAAAGAGGUCAACUGUCUAUAAACUGAAUAUUUUAAUGCCAAAAGCAUGGUCUAUUAUAAUGAGACUGUUAAGUAAAACUUUUAAUUUGCUGUAUUCUUUAUUUUGCCAUCUCCUGAAAGAUUUAAAAAUAGCACCGCUUUGCCAAGUAGUUUCUUCUUUUCAGUUAGCAGCAAUUACCUUUGUUCUUCUGAUGUGCUACCAUGAGCCAGUGUGUUGUGUAGCCACGUUACCCCAGAUGAACGAGUACAGGAAAAUGAAAUAAACUUUUAUUGGACCAACUGGCUACUUAAACUAUAGCAGGCUUGUCAGCCAGUGCAUUCAACCUCAGGUGUUGCUGUGUAAAGCACAGCUUAAAUUGUGAUGGUUGAGGGCUAAUGGCUAUGCAUUGAGCCAGUUUGAAUCUGUUCUUACACUGAAUCAAUCAGAAUUUGAGUUUGUACCUCCAUAAUGAGAGGCAGUGUAGCAUGGCAUGAGUUCUUGCCAACAUACAGACUCAAAGCGCUAUUGUGGAAAUGAUUUCCAAAGCUUUAGUAUGCAUCCUGUGAGUUAAUGCCACAGUACAUGACUUCAUGAGGUGGUUUGACUGCUGUUUCUGGCAAAAUCUCCACUAUGUGGACACUGCAAAGUGAACGUGUGUAAAUUUAUUACAUGUUAGGUAUAUUGCUUUGGUCAUUCAGGUUUAUUUUUAAUAUUCAGGCAGCAAUUGUGUGCACAGUUACCUAAGAGUGAAGCCUUUUGGCUGCAGUUGGCUCGACUCCCGUGUAAAUAUCUAUAGGAUUACACUGGCAACAUAAUGAAAAAAAUGGGCAGCAAGUGGAUAAAAUAAAUAGAAGGCACUUUCAUGAUUCCCAAAGUGCUCCUCUUUGGCACAUGCUGCUCAUACUUUAGCUUAAUUGUAAGUCACGGCUGGAAUUUCCGGAAUUUUAUUCAACUGUAAGAGACAAUAUUACCAGAUACCGUCACUGUUCAGUAUAGAUAAUGAAUCUGGUGAUAAUUUGGAUCUUUCUAAUUUGAACAAUUGUAAAACUGUAGACAGAGCUGUAAAAAUAUUGAAAGAAAAGCAGAGUUAUAUGGCACCUUGAUGCAUAUGUUACGGUAUACACAUUUGUGGACCAGCAGCCACUUCAUAAGGUUUGUGUAGUGAGACUUAAAUUAGAAAUUAGGUCAAAAUUAGAAGUGUUGCAUUGCAUUGUAAUGAAAAAAAAAAGUAUUUUGAGGAAAAUUCCCCCACUGUAUUCUCUUAAACAAACAAGCUGUACUUUCUUCUGACAUGCUUUGCAUGAAGCACUUGCAAGUUGCUUUUAAAGAGAGCACUCACAGAGGUGUUAAAGUUUACAACAUGAAAUGCAGGCAUUUAAAGUUGUUACAAUACAUUGGUAAGUUUACAGAAGUAAAUGGAAAUGUCACUGACAUUAUCGGUUCAUUUUAACAGUAUUACAAGAUUUUACAUAGGUAUUGUUUAUUCAAGAAUGUCUUAUGCAUAGUGUUGGCAUUGCAAAUGCAAAAAUAGUCUCAAAGUUGUAAUAACUGUAAAGAAAAUAGUCAUUGGUCAUGCUUGGACAUAGCAACAAGCUGACAUUUAAGAGCAUUCUGGUUUAUCAACAUACUGGAUGGUGUCAGCUAAAUGUGAUCUUGUCCGUAGGAUGCGCUUAUCUCUGACUUGGGUCUCCCUGGCAAACUAGAAAAUGAAUCUUGUGUUUGUUGUGUUGAUAAUUCCCAGCCUUGGCAAGAAGAAAACAGACGGGCUUCCUGCUAAAUUGAAAGAUGAUAGUAAACAGGGGUUUUCAGGCAGCGCACUGCUCAUCCUUGAUAAACUAUGUUUCAUAUGGAGCCCAGACUUACAGUAUUUGAAUGUGGCCUGUAUUUGAAUCUCAGUACUAAAAGAAAGGAUCCCCGGUGACGCAGUGGGUUAAACCGCUGAGCUGCUGAAAUUGCUGACCGAAAGGUCAGCGGUUGGCAUCUGGAGAGCGGGGUGAGCUCCCGCUGUUAGUCCCAGCUUCUGCUAAUCUAGCAGUUCGAAAACAUGCAAAUGUGAGUAGAUCAAUAGGUACCACUCUGACAGGAAGGUAACUGCGCUCCAUGCAGUCAUGCCGGCCACAUGACCUUGGAGGCGUCUACAGACCAUGGUUUAGAAAUGGAGAUGAGCACCAACCCCCAGAGUCGGACACAACUAGACUUAAUAUCAAGGGAAUACCUUUACCUUUACCUUAGUCAGGGCAUAUAAAUCUUUGGUAUACUAUUUAUUUACAUCCACAUGGCCAAAAUACACUAGUCUUUGUUACAGGUGUUUAUCUCUUGUUCCCUAAAUCACUACUUUUCAACCUCCAUUAUUCUAGAAUAUUUCAAGUGCAUUUCAACUUUCAACAAGCCUUUUUUCCCUGAGUCAGGGGUGGGGGGUAUUUGAAGAUGAAGGUAGGUAGAUUUUUUUUUUUUGCAAACUGUUCAGGAUAACAGGUUUGUUGUUUGGCUCCUUCUUAAAAUCUACACUGCAACCCAAAUGAUUGUUUUGCUUUAAAACAUACUUUUAAAAGUUCAAGAAUUAACAAAACUCUUCCUCCCCUUUAAAGUUUAAUAUAGUAAGCAGAAAUUUUUCUUCCUCCAAAAGCAGGAUAAUGCAUCCAAAAAAAGCUUGGAUGGAUUUUCCACCCAACUUCUUUCUUAAUAAUUUGAAAACCUAUUUCCUGAACAAGUGAGUAUUUCUGAUACAGGGAAUUGGAUGCAGUUGAAGCUAAGGAUGGGCAGCCGCUCUGCUAGAACACAGAAUUGAUUUAGUAACAGUACCCAACUAUCAGUUGUGUCCCGGACAUAUAAACUAGUUUCUCUCUUCUCCAACUUUCCCUGACAAUCUCUGAAUGCAAUCCCAAACCGUAGUUUCAAACAGCUAUCCCAAAUGACACCAACUUUGUGUUACUUCAGAAAUGAUAAGCUGCGAAGAGAAAAGCUUGUUGGAAUAUUGUUUUGUAAACUGGCUUGUAAACCAGCUUCAAGGUGUGGUUUUAGAUUCUCGAUUGGUGCUUUGCAAAUAAUGUGUGUUUAAGGCCGUCAUUUGGAGUUCUAACUUUUUCAGGAGGGUUUUAUUUUUUGCUUUCACAUUAUUUUACGUGGCAAGUCCAAUCUUAAUUUUAGAAGUCCUCCAUAAAAUACAAUUAACUGACAUAAAAUGGAACUUCCCUUUGCCUGGACAGGGGCAGAAACAUUCUUUAUUCAGCUGAAACAUUUUGGAAGUAGAAUAGACCUAACCCACUGAUUCAAAACUAUGAAUAUAUUCUUCUGAAUGCAGCUGUUAAAGUUCUGAUUAUGAAAUUGUGAGAAAAGGUAGUCAAGAAAAGCCAGUGCUGACAAAACGAAUGUGCAAAAGCAGCUAAAUGCAUUUCUAGCUAAGCAGUAAUCCCUACUUUACUUCCAAAUCCAAUUGCACAUACUGAGCUAGCUCUUAGCAACAGGGGGCACUGUUUCACCAGCAGUAAACCUGUAUGAAAUUUGCAUUUAAGUAGGCUUAAACAGAGGUGGGAAAGCACUGCCCUCAAUCUAAAUUCAAAAUCUUUUUAAAAUGUACUGUUUGGGCCUCUGACAAGAUCAGUCUGCUUAAUACCUACCGCAUUGGGAAGAUGAAGGGGGUGAUAUGAAAAAGAAGGGAUCCAGAAGACAGGGAAGAAUGAAAGUGAUAAAAGUUCGUCUGUGGCCUCACCAACUACCAACAUCAGUCCCACCCUGGCAUGUAGACCCUGACUAAAGAAACCUGAGCUUCGUUUCAGGUUGGGGGUUAGUUGGGGGAGACACUGUAUCUCUAUUUUUAUAUAUCUUGCAAAGACAAAUAUUCAGAUGUUUUACCUAGCUGUCAAAAUCAUCUUAAUCAAAAUCUUCAUCAUAUAGUAAGUAUUUUCUCUGAUCCAGUGAAUUAUUACUGAUGUAAGUGCUGCUCAUCCUACUUGAGAUAUUUAUAAGGAGGACAUACAUCAUCGAGCACAUAGGUUCUUGCCUUCAUUUAAAUAAAUGAGAAGCUUACAUGUGCAAGUACACUCUGUGGCUGUGAAACUGGGACAUAAGUAUGUUGAUCCGUAUAUUGCUGAACUGCACUAUAUUUCUGGUAUCAGUCUAUAUUUUAGAGUGAGAAAUUGGCAAAACCACCUCUGGGUAUUUCUUGGCUAAGAAACCACAUUGAUACACUAAUCCGCAUUAUUGUUGAGCAGUUCCAGCAUUCUGUUGUGUAUAAAGCCCAAAAGCGAGCCUACUUUAGUCUUUCUAACUCAAUCUUUUUAGAAUUGUCAGUCUUUAUCAUUUCAAUGCCUUUAGAUCUUUUGUUCCACAUAUCCUGAAGAUUCCUUUAAAAUUUCUAAAUCUAAAUAUUUGUUGCAUAUUCUGAUUACUGGAACCUUUUUGGAAAAGCUAAACAUGCAGAGCUUUGUCCAAAUAAUAGUUAGUUUCUGAUGGAAACCAGGACUGAUACAUAAAAUGUCAGCAUUUCUACAAAUACAUGCUUGUAUAUUGUGUCCAUCAUACAUGGAGUUGUUCAGAUAUUGUGUAUUCAUGCAACCUUGAGUUCUUCUUAAAUUAUUUGAAAUGGGAGCUGAAAUGUACAACCACUUCUGAAAUGUAGAAGUGGAAACUUUCAUAAUGUGGAUUGCCCUUGGGACUUUUUGUAUGUUUCAGUAUGAGCAACUGCCUGUCCUUUUCCCUCCUAAACAUUUGCUUCUGUUUAAGACCCUUCAAUUCUAGCUCUGUGCUCUUUGGAGUAAAGCCCCACUGAUUUCAUUGUGUUUUGCUUCCAAGUAGUACUACAUAAGGAUGAAACCCAAGUAAAAGUCAAGAUCUAUCACAGGUACUGAAACUGUUUUGUACAUAGAUACAUGUACGCCACCUAAGCUGUACUGCCGAGAGUGUUCUGAAAAGGGUCUAUCACGUGCACUGCCAAUUUAGCUCUUAAAAGUGGAGUGUUUUGUGACUACUAGAGAGAGUGUAAUCAAUGAUUAGUUGCCAGGAUAUCUCCUAUUUUAAGCCCAUGUAGCUAUGUGACCUUCUGUGGCACCUAUUUAUAAGCUGAAGUCCUUGUUGUGAAGAUUUUUAUAGCAGGUUUGCUUUUAAAAAUCUGUUUAGAUGCUUGUAUUUCUCUCGUGCUUAAAUUCUGGACAACAAAGCUGUAGCUUCUCUAAUCGAGCAUUUCAGAAGCAGCGCUGAAUGUAAUGUUGAGAACAUGGAUUGUGCCUCAUUAUUUUUUAAAUACACACAGCUAAAUAGUGCCUUUCCCCCUCCCGUCACAAUCCAUGUUAGAGAAGAUGAGCACCCCUCUCUGUUUUCCUUUCUCGUCACACACAGGUUCAGUUGUGCAAUACUCUCCCAAAUUUAAAACCAUUUUGUCACAUCUGUUUGUGAUAAUUGCUUCGUUUCUUUUCCUUAUUUUGCUGAGAGCUUUCUGUUGUUUAAGUGUUUCAGUUGAUUACCUGAUGCAAAUGAUACAUGAAAUAAAAUGCCCACUGGGAAUAGGGGA